AUGUGGGAGAGAAUAGAAAUAGAACUUGAAGAAAUAAAUGUGAAGAACCUUGGAUUUGAUUAUCCGAUUUGUUCAGAACAGAAUCAUGAUAUAAUGGAAGCUUGUAAAGAAUUUAUUCAAAACGAAGAAUUAAAAAUUAACAUAGACGAGGUUUUGGAUACUCUUAGGAGUAGUGAUGCGGUUCCAGAACGAAUGUCAGAUUUUUUCUUUGUUCCAGAACGAAUGUCAGAUUGUUUCUUUUAUCGAAACUUGUGGUGGGAGAAGGGAGAAUUUAGCGAAAAGGCAAAGUGGGAAGAAGUAAC